AUGAACUUGAAAGGACUGCAAACUGUCAAGAGCCGGGGCAGUGAGAAGUCGGCCAACAUUUUGGAUUGCGUUUUGACUUUGAAAGCUGAAGUGCCUAUCAUGACCAAGGAGCAGAAGCUGGAAUUAAACCCCCUGAUCAUAAGGAUCGACUGUGUUUUUUUCUGCCUGCCAUCACAAACUGUGCCUAUUCAGGAAUUACAGAGGCUGUGCACCCCCUUCUACUGCAGGUACCGCUUCCACAAGACCUUGGUGCACAGGACUGAGGAGUGGCCCCACGGGACCCAUGUUUACUUCGAGGACAUCAAUGUCAUCUGCCUGGGAGCCAUACACCCCAGUGACCUGCGGGAGUACCUGGAGGGUCCCCCCAUGGUGGUGGAAGUCCACGAUCGGGACCGUAAGUCAGACGAGUCCUCCUGCAGGCCCACCCUGUUUGGGGAGGACCCCCUGGAUUCCCAUGGGAACAUCCAGUCCUUCAUCUCCUCCAAGGAGACGGAGGACAACCCCUUCCAGUCUCAGAACAAGACCUGGGACUCUCACGGAGUCACCCGGGUCAGUUUCACGGACCUCCUCCUUGGCCACAAGUACCUGAACCUGGUGGUCCCCAUCCAGCGCUGUGAGCCCAAGGCCACCCCCGGCCUCCAGGGCAGCCAAUGCAGGAGGGUCUUGAGGUUCACCGAGGUCCUCCAGCACAACCCGAUGCCCGCUGGAAACUACUUGGAGGCCAACUCAUUGCUCAAACUGCGAGUGGAUGUGGCAGUGCCUCUGAGGACCUGGGCCAAAGCCCAGGGUGUGGAUUUCCUGGGCAGCCACUUUGGCCACAUCAUGUUUGUGUUCAGUGCCAAAGAGCUGUUCCUGAUCAACGCCAAGGCCCUGGAGCUGGACUCCUACCCCACCAGGACUGUCCAGCAGAUCCUCCCAGCCUUCAAGAUGCGGGUCAACAUCCAGCAUCAGGAGCAUCUGGACAUCCUGACCGGCUUCCACCUGCUAGAUGGGAACAUCCACCUCUUUGUUCUGGAAGGCUUGGCCGACGGGGGCCUGCGGCAGCUGUGGAAGAACCACCAGAGCCAAAUCCCCAUGUUGGAGCUCAGGAAAUACAAAGUGCUCUACAACUCGCAGCUGCUGUUCUGCCACCGCCUCUACACGGACCUGGACACCGUCCUGCACCACGUGCACCUCUUCAAGCCCCUGUCGCUGCUCAUGCGGCAUCCAGGGUUCUACCUGCGGAACUCCAUACCGCACAAGGCCUUCCAGGAGCUGGCCAGAAUCUACAACAUCUGCUACCACAGUACCAAGUUCAGGGAGGUGAUCGUCAGAGACUUGCUACCUUCGUCCACCAUGAUCAAAGACUUGAGCCAAGAGUUUGGGCUCCCCAUCUCUCAAGAGGACCUCAUGGAUCAGAAGCUACCUACCAUCUCCCCUCAGCCCACCCCCAAUCUUGAAGAAUCCCAAAGUCAGGUCUCCACCCUCAAUUCCAAGAUCCUUGCCCACCAGGAGAAGUACCUGCAGUGGCGGAAAAACAUGCCCUUGAUGACGAGAGAAGGACUACCUGAUCAAGGUCAGCGGGAGCCAGGGAGGAGGUUCACGUACUCACAGAACUACCUGUCCGCCAUUGUGGAGCCUCAGGACUCACAGGAAGAGAAGAAAGCCCAGGAGAAAUCCCGCCAGGCCUGGCUCACGGUCACUGGGUUCCAAGUGACAGGUCUCCAUGGUGACAUCCUCCAUCAGGAUUUCCCACUGCCAGCCAUCGGAGAGUUCCAUGAGGAGUGGCAGGAACACGAGGUGCUCGAUCACCUGCUGUACCCCAUGUUGCAUCGGGGCCGGUGGAGCUGGGACCGGCGCCACCUGGACUUUGAGCUGUACAAGAAGCCACCGCCUUUCCUGGAGGUGCCCCCUCCUCCAACCCGGAAGCCCGUUGCAGGUAACUGGGGAGACCUUGCCCAGCUGGUAGGCUGUAGGGGGGGACCCUGGCCCUUGGUCGCAUCUUGAGCACCAUCUGUUUGGUUCCAGGUGUCCACCUAGAGUUCCCAGGCUAGGCCUCCUGGUACAGAAGGGUCUUGCGCUGUCCCAAGGGCUGGAACUCAGCUGUGAAUUCCAGCCCCAGGUGUGACGCCAAAUGUGAGGUAAAGCCCCCCUGCUUUCCAGUGUCCUCCCAGCUCCAAGAUGCUGCUGGACCUCCC